AACUAUACUUUAUAAUGGACUUGGUCUUGUUUAUAUUGAUAAAGGUGAUAUUGAUGAAGCAUUUAAUUGUCAUACACAUGCAUUACAUAUAUUAGGAAAAACUGAACUAAUACCAGAUAUUCAUCUAUCAAAUACAUAUAAUAAUUUGGGUACUGUUUAUUUUAAUAAAAAUAAUUUAGAUAAAUCAUUAGAAUAUCAUAUGAAAGCACUUAAUAUACGUGAACAAUUAAAAAAAAAUGAUUUAAUUGCAAUGAGUUAUAAUCAUAUUGGAAAUAUUUAUAGUU